AGCCCGGAGGACAGUUCGUUCCGCAUCACAGUGGUUACCUGGAACGUGGGCACAGCUAUGCCCCCAAAUGAUGUUACAUCCCUGCUGCACCUCAACACUGGCGAGACAAAUGAUGUGGAUGUGAUCGCCAUUGGGCUGCAAGAGGUGAACUCUAAGAUAAACAAGCGCCUGAAGGAUGCCCUCUUCACAGAUCAGUGGAGUGAGCUCUUCAUGGAUGUGCUGAGCCCCUUCCACUUUGUCCUGGUCAGCACGGUUCGGAUGCAAGGUGUGAUCCUACUGGUAUUUGCCAAGUACUACCACCUCCCCUUUCUGCAGGACAUCCAGACAGACUGCACGAGGACAGGGCUGGGAGGCUACUGGGGCAACAAGGGUGGCGUGAGUGUUCGUCUCUCCAUCUUCGGCCACAUGGUCUGCUUCCUGAACUGCCACCUGCCAGCACAUCUGGAGAAGGCAGAGCAGCGCAAGGAGGACUUUGCCACCAUACUGCACAUGCAACAGUUUGAGGGGCAUGCAGCCAGCGGCAUCCUGGACCAUGACCUCGUGUUCUGGUUUGGGGACCUCAACUUCCGCAUCGAGAGCCUCGACAUCCGCUUUGUGAAGUAUGCCAUUGACAGCAACAUCCUGAGCCAGCUCUGGGAGAAGGACCAGCUGAACAUUGCCAAGAGCACCUGGCCUGUCCUCAGCGGUUUUCAGGAGGGCCCCCUGAACUUCCCACCCACUUUCAAGUUUGAUGUAGGCACCAAUAAAUAUGACAGCAGUGCCAAGAAGCGGAAACCUGCCUGGACUGACCGCAUCCUCUGGAAGAUCAAAUCUCCCAGUGUUGGGCUUGGAACAGGUGGCCACCGGCCCAGCCGGGGUGUCCUCUCGGUGAGCCAGCUCUGCUACUGCAGCCACAUGGAGUACACAGUCAGCGAUCACAAGCCAGUAGCUGCCAUCUUUGCAGUACAGGUGAGCACUGUCCAGGGCCAGUGGGCACACAGGCAGGAGCUUCAGGG